GCAGAGAUAAUACAGAUUCUGGCUGUGGUUCAUUAAGACAUCAAACCGGUCUCAGUGGGACAUUUUCCAGUAUGUACCACCCACAUAACUACAACCACAGAGCUAACUGUACAUGGAUCAUAACCGUACCCAGUCGUUCUCGAAUUCUCAUACGAUUUUCCAGUCUUUUCAACAUAGAAAAUCAUCCAAGUUGCGCUUUUGAUUCAGUCAGUCUUUACGAAGAUACGUCAUCCACCACACCAACUGGUAAAUACUGUCAUGGAAAACCAGCCGAUAUAAUAUCUCAAGAUAACGACAUGGUAGUGGUAUUCAAAUCAGAUGGGAGUCACGUUGGCAGAGGUUUCUCGCUCACAUGGAGAGCAAUUCCACCAACAAUGUCUGGGUGUGGUUCGUGGUAUAGACGGAUGGGUAAUAGCGGCUUUGUCUCCAGCAAGAACUAUCCUUACAAAUAUCAAAACGAUGCCGAUUGUGCCUGGCACAUAAGCGUUCCAAAUGGAAUGCAUGUGCGUUUCGAAUUCGAGGGAAAGUUUGAAAUCGAACCAAGUGACCAGAAGGGCUGCAGUUUUGAUAGCGUUGUUGUACGUGGCGUAGACGUCGCAUCAGGUGAAUUAGGACAAACCUAUGGUAUAUUUUGUGGAUUAUCUGCUCCGAAAACGGCUAUAUUGACGGACGAUAAGGACAUCGCAGUGUUCUUCAAAUCAGACAGCACAACAACUUUCGCGGGCUUUACGCUGAAGUGGGAUGCUGUAUUAUAUGCUUGUGGUAUCCCAGCUAGUCCAAAGAAUGGUAGGGUAUCUCUAUCCGAUUAUGACAAAGUCCACAGCAAAGCUUCCUAUUCUUGCAACAUCGGAUUCAAACUUGUUGGAACAAAUCGCAGAUGUCUGUCUUCAGGUCGCUGGACAGGUGACCCGCCAAUAUGCCAAGAAAUAUAAUAACGUCUCCCGGAUAAUAUCUAUCAGCUGAUUUGUUCUCCAGGCAUCCAGCCAUAAAAGAAAUUCACCAGGAAACUGUUAUGAGAAUAUUUAGGACUAGUAUUCCAGAACAUGUUUAGAAUAGCUUAAAAUAUGAUGAACCGACUAUAUAGUUUCAUAGAUCUAAGACCAUUUCUGAAUGUACAAGCUUGCCGGGAUUUUAGGCCAAAGCCCUAAAGAUAUUAGGCAUAUUUUGUCAUUUUGAUGACAACAUGUUACAGUAAAACGGGGUCAUCCCUAUGUUCCCCUGUACCUAUGUUCCCCCCCCCCCCCCCAUAUACUGCAGGACGAAAAGUGUUCGCGGCAUAAAAUGUUCGCGGAUGCUGAAGGUGGAUAUAUUCGCGGUAGAAUAUUUUCGCGAAUAAAGAUCUUUUUUAAAAUGACAUUAAAAUUGACAUUGUCUACUUUGACAUGAAUUGAGCUCUGAAUAGGCGCGGUAGUUUGGAUGGCUGUAUUAGAAUACUCAAAUCCACUGUCAACAGGUCUCAUUGUGUUGGGUAAUUAGGCCAAUAUAGCACACAAAGAUGGGUAUAUAUUACUAAUAAUUAUGCAGUAGCCAUCCGAGGAGUGUGGAUUUUGUGUUUGUUAGGUGCUAAUUGACAAUACUUUUCUUGAAAUGGACAUUUAGUGUUUGUAAACCCCAUACCAAACUGUGGUACUCAACCGAACCAUAUAACCUGUAUAGGGAAUAAAAUCUGUACUUUACAUGUGGCGUGAGUGUUCCCAAACUUUUUGAGGGUCGUGUAUAUUUUAGGAGAUAUUGUGUGGAAAUUUCAAGUGUUCAUUUACUUUUGACCGAGGUAUACACGUAAAGUACUUGUACAUGUACGCUCAUGCAUCGCCUCAAUAGACAUACCUCGAUGUUACUUAUCAUGCAGGCGUUUGACAAUGCUAUAAAGGAAAAUGAAUUCAAAUGCUCAAAUAAGUAUGCACUAGAAGGUCUACCUGGUAGCCCCUCCCCGUAGGCCAAAUUACAUGCUUAGUCACCAAUUAAUUUUCUUAAAUUUUUGGUAAGGAACAAAUUAGGAGAAGAAAAACAACGUUUCUGUAUAGGUUAUACACAUAUUUCCUCCUUAUUAGAAGAUUGGUGUAUUUACGAUAUUGCUUAAACAGAACCAACAAAUAAACAUUGAUCAAAAAUGUCUUUUUGUCAUAUCCGUGUCUCAUGGCUGUUUACUAAAAGACAGCUCUAUUCAAGGCCACUAGGCGUUGGCAGCGAUACGAAGUAUUUCGCACAUUUCAUCAAAGUCACAGCCCUCUACUAGUUUCCAUAGUAAGGUUUCGGCCAAUUCUACAUCCUCCAUAUUCCACAGCUUGCUACAAAAGUUUUGGGGAGGUCAAAUGGUCAAAUUUUACCUGGGUGACCCGAAAUUGAUGUAUGAACUCAAUGUGUAAAUCUGCCAUGUUUUGGCAUAGUGAUUUGCACCAAAUAUUCGAACCAGCUAUUUGAAAAAUCAUUAAACAAUAAAAAACGAUUUUUCAAAUAA